AUGGCGCCUAUCACUCAAGAUCCAGUCAAAUGGCUGGCGGAAAUGAGAGUCCCUCCGCCACCAGGGACUCCUUACUCUCUGCCAAUUCCUGGAACCUCUACCGAGAAUCGAACCGCAACAUACAGACACUGGCGAUUCGUGGAUAAGCCUUUACCUACCACUAUCGAUCCGCAGAUUCUCACAGCUCACGACUCGUUCGAAGCUUCCGUUAAGCGCAAGCCAAAUGCGAGAUGCUUAGGCACGAGGACUUACAAUCCAACGACGAAGGAAUUUGGCACCUACGAAUGGCUGACGUAUGCGCAAACUGCGGAACGACGAAAGAAUUUUGGUGCUGGGCUCGUAGAAAUACACAAGAAACUCGGCGUUACCGAGGAGAAAUAUGGUGUGGGCUUGUGGUAUCUUGGAUGUCAAUCCCAGUCUCUGUUCUCUGUUUCCAUUUACGAUACACUAGGUCCCGAGACCACCGAAUAUAUCAUCAAUCACUCAAAUUUGCGCUGCGUGGUGACCAGUCUACCCCACAUCCCGACUUUGCUCAAGCUCGCCCCUCGGAUACCCUCUCUCAAACUUAUCGUCUGCUUGGACCCACUCGAUGAUGGCGAGAAACCUGGCUAUACGAAGCAUGCUCUUCUGAGCUCUCUGGCAGCAGAUGCUGGCAUCUCAAUCUACAGUAUUGGUGAUGUGGAGUCGCUUGGAGCUCUUUCAAACCUACCAAUGAAGCCUCCCGGACGCGAAGAUACGCUCACAAUCAACUACACAUCUGGAACUACUGGAAAUCCGAAGGGUGUUGUGUUGACUCAUGGAAAUGCUGUAGCCGCGAUCACAGUAGCCAGAGUCACGUCAGAAGUCCUCCCCUCAGACGUGAUAAUUUCAUAUCUCCCUUUGGCACAUAUCUACCAGCGGCUUUCUGAACAUAAUGCACUGUCGGCAAACGCCGCGAUUGGGUACUUCAGAGGUGAUAUAUUGGGUUUAGUCGAUGACAUGAAGAUUCUCAAACCAACAGGUUUUAUCUCUGUUCCUCGACUCUACAAUAAAUUUGGUUCUGCUAUCAAAGCAGCGACUAUUGAAGCUCCAGGUAUGAAAGGAACGAUCGGCCGACAUGUCAUCAAUGCAAAGCUUGCUUCCAUGAAAUUGCCGGCAGGAAAGGCUACUAACAAACAUAUGCUCUACGACCGAUUCUUCACGCCAAAGGUCAGGGCAGCUGUUGGUCUCGAGAGAGCUCGUGGCAUGGUAUCCGGAAGUGCCCCACUCGAUCCCACUCUACAUCAAUUUCUUCGCGCUGCCUUUGGAAACGACUUCAUUCAGGGUUAUGGGCUUACUGAGUCGUAUGCAACUGGACUUGCUCAGCACGAGACUGAUUACUCUUCUGGGAACUGUGGAGGCAUAGGAGCUGCCUUUGAAGCAUGCCUGCAAUCGGUGCCUGAUAUGGAUUACCUCAUCACGGACAGCCCCAACCCUCGUGGACAGCUUCUGCUCAGAGGCCACACCAUCUUCAAGGGAUACUACAAAAAUGAGGCUGAAACUAAGAAAGCUAUGACUGAAGAUGGCUGGUUCCAGACGGGCGACAUUGCUGAGAUGGACAGUUUGGGUCGUUUCAAGAUUGUUGAUCGUGUCAAGAACGUGCUUAAGCUGGCACAAGGAGAAUACAUUUCUCCAGAGAGAAUCGAGAACGUGUAUCUGGCGAACAAUAGCGUUCUAGCUCAGGGCUACGUCCACGGUGACUCCGUACAGUCCUUCCUCGUAUCUAUCUGGGGAGUCGACCCAGUCCAUUUCUCCAAAUUUGCGGGUAACGUCCUCAAGAAAAACAUUGAAGCAACCGACUUGGAUGCUAUUAGAGCGGCCUGUGACGACCCCCGCGUAAAAAAGGCUUUACUGAAGGAUCUCGAUAGAAUUGGGAGGAAGAAUAAAUUCAACAGCUGGGAGCGCGUUAAGGCGGUCCAUCUUUUGAUUGAGCCCUUCACUAUCGAGAACGAACUUUUGACACCUACAUUAAAGUUGAAGCGCCCGCAAGCGGCGAAGAAGUUUAGAGCAGAAUUGGACCGCAUGUAUGAAGAGGCAUCGGCGGAAGAGCCUGUCAAGGCGAAGUUAUAG